GCGAGUUUGCUUGCACCAGGGGUCAGGGGUUCUCUAUUACGUCCGCAGAUCACUCAUAAAGACGGAGUCCGCUCCUGUGACUUUCAUUCGACGUUCUUCGUUCAAAGAAGAAACCGUAACCAUGAGUGGAAGGGGCAAGGGAGGCAAAGGGCUCGGAAAAGGAGGCGCCAAGCGUCACCGUAAAGUUCUCCGUGACAACAUCCAGGGAAUCACCAAACCCGCCAUCCGCCGUCUUGCUCGCCGUGGCGGAGUGAAGCGUAUCUCGGGUCUGAUCUACGAGGAGACCCGCGGUGUGCUCAAGGUGUUCCUGGAGAACGUGAUCCGUGACGCCGUCACUUACACCGAGCACGCCAAGAGGAAGACCGUGACCGCCAUGGACGUGGUGUACGCUCUGAAGAGACAGGGCCGCACUCUGUACGGCUUCGGCGGUUAAACUCAUUCACACCAACUCAAACAACUAAACGGCUCUUUUAAGAGCCACACACACCUCCCUUUGAGAGCUUUGGUUUUAAAUGUUUUCUAUCCUGUUAAUCUUCUGAUUCCAACUAUGACAAUGAAAAGGCAUUUGAUUAACUAGUCUCACUAGCAAGUCAAAGGCAUGUGGUAGUUACAAACAUUAUCAAGGCGUCAUUUGGCAUGGUUGUCUCUGAACCUUCAGCCUUUGGGUAUGAAAAACGUUUGUGUAACAAGGCAAAUACAAACGGUGAAAUGCUUUUGUUUUCUGUCUGCUAAAAGUGAUCAGUUCAAAAUACCAUCAUGAAAAUUGUUGUCACGUGUUUUGUGGCUUUAAUA